UGAUGAAAGGAGGCACCCUGAAGGUCGGAGCAGUUUUAAAGAAUGGUCAGAUCCAAGAAUCUCUGGGAAGACCCAUCCCCACAGGUUACUGGGUGCCCUCCAGGCUGGACAGACUGCAAGGUCACUACCUCUGCUGGAACAAGCUCCGGAUUGCAUCAGAAAUGGCAAAACGUGGCCGGCUGGAUUGCUUCGGAGCACUCACCAGAGGAGAGGAGGUGCUGCUCGCUGCUGCUGCGGUGUGUAAAAAGUUUUCCACUUGUCCAGCAAAGUCACUCGGGUGGUUCCAGAGAGUGCUCUACUGAUUGUUCUUGGUCUCAUCCUUGGUGGCAUCGUAUGGGCAGCAGACCACAUUGCUUCCUUCACCCUUACACCAAAUGUGUUUUUCUUCUAUCUGCUGCCCCCCAUUGUUUUGGAUGCUGGAUAUUUCAUGCCAAAUAGAUUGUUCUUUGGAAAUCUUGGUUCCAUCCUUUUGUAUGCUGUCAUUGGGACAAUCUGGAAUGCUGCCACGACUGGUUUAUCUCUCUAUGGCGUCUACCUGACAGGAAUAAUGGGGCACCUGGAUAGUGGACUGCUGGACUUCCUCCUGUUCGGCAGCUUAAUUGCUGCUGUGGAUCCUGUAGCUGUUCUGGCAGUGUUUGAAGAAGUUCAUGUCAAUGAAGUCCUGUUCAUCAUUGUUUUUGGCGAAUCGCUUCUGAAUGAUGCUGUAACUGUGGUGCUGUACAAUGUGUUUGAAACUUUUGUUACAAUAGGUCAAGAGAAUGUGACGGGAAUUGAAUGUGUCAAAGGCAUAGUGUCAUUCUUUGUGGUGAGCUUGGGGGGGACACUGGUUGGCGUUUUCUUUGCGUUCCUGCUGUCGUUGGUCAGUCGUUUCACCAAGCACGUGAGAAUCAUUGAGCCAGGAUUUGUGUUUAUCGUUUCCUACCUGUCCUACCUCACAGCAGAGAUGCUUUCUCUUUCUGCUAUCCUUGCGAUAACUUUCUGUGGCAUCUGCUGUCAGAAAUAUGUCAAGGCAAACAUCUCUGAACAGUCUUCUACAACUGUAAGAUACACCAUGAAAAUGUUGGCCAGUGGAGCAGAAACUAUUAUCUUCAUGUUCCUGGGAAUUUCAGCUGUAAAUCCAGACAUCUGGACUUGGAAUACAGCUUUUAUUCUGUUGACUCUGGUCUUCAUCUCAGUAUAUAGAGUUAUUGGUGUAGUUUUACAGACGUGGAUUCUUAACCGCUACAGAAUGGUCCAGCUGGAGAUCAUAGACCAGGUGGUGAUGUCAUAUGGUGGACUACGUGGAGCGGUUGCUUUUGCUCUGGUUGCGCUUCUGGAUGACGAGAAAGUGAGAAAUAAAAACCUGUUUGUCAGCACAACUAUCAUUGUUGUGUUCUUUACUGUGAUUUUCCAGGGCCUGACUAUCAAGCCUCUGGUACAGUGGCUGAAAGUGAAGAAAUCUGAACACAGAGAGCCAAAACUGAAUGAGAAACUUCAUGGCAGGGCCUUUGAUCACAUUCUUUCUGCUAUAGAAGACAUUUCUGGACAAAUAGGACAUCAUUAUCUGAGAGACAAGUGGACCAAUUUUGAUAGGAAAUUCCUCAGUAAAGUACUGAUGAGAAGGUCUGCUCAAAAAUCAAGAGACCAGAUCCUUAAUGUUUUCCAUGAACUCAACUUGAAGGAUGCAAUUAGCUAUGUGGCUGAGGGAGAACGUAGAGGUUCCUUGGCAUUUAUCCGUUCUCCAAGUACAGACAACAUGGUAAACGUGGACUUCAGCACCCCACUCCCAAGUACUGUGGAAAGCUCUGUCUCUUACUUACUGAGAGAAAAAGCUGGGCCAGUUUGCCUUGACAUGCAAGCUUUAGAGCAGAGGAGGAAAAGCAUCCGGGACACAGAAGACACAGUUGCUCAUCACACCCUACAGCAGUACCUGUAUAAACCCAGGCAAGAGCGAAACAGCAGUGUCAUACCAAAUGGCAAAAUACCUUCAGAAAACCCACUACAAGAUUUUACUUUGAAGGAAAAAGAUUUGGAGUUUUCUGAAUCAGAAGAAAAUAAUGACUAUGAAACUUUGCAUCUAGGCAAAGGAGUUGAUUUCCUGGCUAAUGUGACGAAGCAAAAUUUCACAGAUACUCCCAAUGGUGACAUGGACCAUGACGUUGAAAUGACAGAAUACUCCUCUUCAGAUGACCAACUAAACCAAAACCAAAGUGUUUCAAUGACUCCCCUCCACUUCUUUCCAUCUUGUCUUCAAAUGCCUUGGACACAAAACUAUUCUUCAUUGGAAAACAGAGGGAAUAUCUCUCUUUCUUCUGUCUCUGAGUAUAUUGCUUCUUGUGACCCAAAUGUACCUGAUCUCUUCUGGGAAGCAGAUACAGAUACGAAUAACAAAGAGACAGUCAACUCAGGUUAUGGUUCUGAAGUCAGCUACAAGUCCGAGAAUUCACAAGAAGAGAAUUCUCUCCUUAUAUUUGAAGGGCUGGAAGACUCUUAUAUGAAGGAGCCCCAAGAGAAGAAAAUGUUGCUUGAUGUACAAGGAAACUACAGAUCCGCUGCAGCCAGACGCGUCCAAAGCCGACGUUCUUUUCACAGGCCAAAACCUCUGCAACACCCGAAGCUUCAGAAACUCGCGUCUCUUCCCGCCUCUUGCCACGUCCCUCCACAUUCUUUGGAACAAGAGGAAACACAGUUGUAAGCCAGGACUUGUUGGAAAAGAGAAGAUGAGAGAACAAAGGGCUUCUGUAAAAAAUAAGAGAGCAACUUAUCGCAUCACGGGGUCUGCUCUAGAAGGGUUUCAGAUGGGAAGGGAACGGGGGUCCCGUAACGUCAGAAACACUGGAGCUUUUCUGCUGCACUUAGAUUUUUUUGAGUUCUCAUUCAUAAUGAAAGGGUUCAUAGUAAAGGAGAAAUACGCCUCCUUGGUAUUUUUUUUCGUGUAGACUGUUACAAAAAUUCAACACUAUUUUUGGGAAGGCUAAACCAAGAAUCUUUUCAAAUGGCAAAUCCUUGGUGGAUUUUUUUACAUGGAAAUGGUUUAUUACGCCAUUACGCCACAAAUACAUUUAAAGAAAUAGGCUGCAUUUGCUGCUUCAGUAAUGGAAUUCAAUAUUUAUGGGGUAUGAAAUGAAUGUAGGAGAAGCCAAUGGUUAGCCUCUUGCCUGCUAAGUCUACUCGGAUUGAAAUGGAUCAGUGCCUUUUAUAAGUGCAAGCUAAAGAAAAUUAUCUUCCUGCUCUUGAAUAUUUGUAUCACUGAGUAAUUGUGGGAUAUUGACUCUGGUGGAAAACUUUCCAGGGAGAGGAAAGUCCUAGCACCUUGAAAUUUAAUCAAGGGUGCCAGGAAGGCCAUUUCCUUCCUUCACCUUCAUUUCCUCUACUCAGUAGCACUGGAAUGAAAGAACAUCCAGAAUUAGCUCAGAAUUUUAGUUUGUGUGGUCACAAGCAACUCCUUUCUCAUUCUUAAUUAAGCUGCUCUAUUUUAAAUAGCUUCACUCAGACAGAAGCGUAAAUAUUUGUCAUUUUUGCUGCUGCUUUGGAAGACACCUUCCAAAUACUCUUGUUAGAUUAUCUUGUUAAUUUAUGUAUCAUUUUGACUAGCUGAUCAGGACAAUGGUCUCUCAGAUGCUUAUCCUGUGUUUUGCCACAUGGUUCAAGUGCCACAAUGACUCAGGAUGUUGAUGGUUCAAAGCACCGAGGUAGUUGGGCUACUGUGUAUGUACAUACCUGUUUGUGUUAGGAGCCUCCUUUGGGUUUUUUGUCCCCAGUUUUCUGUUAAAUGAUGGUAGUUAAGGUUGCACUAGAUGCCUGUUGCAUAUGAAUCUGAUCUACAUCACCUCGAAGGCGGCCGGAGACAUCAACAAAAGCCAACUCAGCUAAAGACUGAAAAGUGAAAACUCUUGAGAUCUCUUGUGGAGGUACAGUGCUACGUGCUGGCUUAGAGUCCUCUGGCCUGUCUGUAUUUUGUGUUGGAUGGUUCCAGUCCUGAAAUUUUGGCUUGAAAUCUUCAGUGGUGUAAGGUGCAAAGGUUCUGUGACAUCAAUGAGUGCUUAGAAGCUUCUGAGAUCCUGAUGCAUACCUUAUUUCUUUUUGGUAUCAGUGUAAACCAUUUGUAAAUGAGCUAAAUCACCUUCAGGGAAGUAUCUGAACUGCUUAAGACUGGAUCUGACAGAGGCUUUGUUUCGUAAAUUUUACUUCAUCUAUAGGGAUUAGUGGUUGUUUCACUCAACCCACCCAGAUUUUGACCAGGUUCUAGGUGAUUCCGUGUCAGACCUCAAAUUUGAGAUUUACCCAGACACCCAGAAAGAGCGGAGCAAUGUGUGAAAAUUCCUGCCCACCUCUUUUUUUCUAUCUUCGUCCUCUUUGUUAAAGCUGCCUGUUAGGCCAAUUGCAGAGAUACGAUAGCAAGUGUCAUCUACAAACCUAGGCAGAAGCAUGACAUAUACCUUUAGAGACUGGAUCCAGAGUGCUGGUUCUUUUGAUGUCAACCCACAAGCAGCUGCCUGUUUGCCAUCAUCUUGGGCCCUGAUUCAAAUCUGUUCCUUAAUGGGGAAACUUCAUCCUGCAGAACUAAUUGUUAACGAGGGUCAUGAGAAUUAAGGCUGUCACCAGUAGAGAUGCUAAUUUUAUAAUUCAAUAAUGUAAAUACAGUUUUGUGUGAACUGAGUCCAUACGAACACACCGUUUCGAUGAAGUAGAGCCUAUUAACGCCGUUCCAGAUAUUUAUAAUUGCAACAAGUAUUUUAGUCACUGGCAUAACAGAGCCAGGACUGACCCCAAAUAUCAGCGCAGGUAAAGUGCAACGUGCCAAAACCCAACCUCCAGUCUCAGAGCACAACGCUGAAGGACCAGCACCGAAGCUGGCAAGAUGCUCCUCAGGGGCUGGCUUGGAAAUCAAACUUCUCAUUUCUUAUUGCUCUUGUACAGAGGUCGUUUCUGUGAAGAACCACCACACCCUGGACUGUUUUCUGCAUGCUUCUUAGAGCAUUCUUCAUCUAUUUGUGUACAGGCUACCUCAAGAAAACAUUUGUAACUCGGCAGCAGGUGGGAGUUUUCAUCAGAUGAGUGUUGCACACACAGGAGUGGGCAAUUUUGCAAAUCACAGGAUAGAAGAUUUUGAUGUUCUUGUAUGCUUUUAUGCUAAACAGGAGAGGGUCAGUAGACAACCGUGGUGUUUACAAAUACAGCAGUCUCUGUGAAACAUCAGCAGGAUCCUGCGUGCUUCUUGAGAGGGCUGUGGGUUGUAGGAGAUUUUGCAAAACACAGAGGAACAUUAUGCCAUUUUUAAGAACAGAAGAAAUGGAAAAGACACUAUAUACAAAGGGCUUAACUCUCCAUUUUCUGUCAAAGGCCUUAUACCUUGUCUAUUUGUUGUGUCAUCAUAGUUGAACAGAUGAAGGAUAAAUUGGACAAUUCUGGUA